UUGUCGUCUUUGCAGGACCGUACGAGGCACAGAAGAAGCGAGAGAGAGAGCGACAUAUUUCUUCUCUACCAAGCUCUCUACUCCUCGAGCGAACGAAAGAGGAAGAGGAGCAGUUAUUCCGAUCGCACCAACCGUUGAGAUCAGUGCGGCCCCGACGCAGAACUUCACGCGAUCGUGCGGCCGCUGUUGCGCAUAAGUAUCACCUAAUUAUUAUUGUGUUGUCGUCUUUGCGGGACCGUACGAGGCACAGGAGAAGAGAGAGAGGAGAUAUUCCUUCUCUACCAAGCUCUCUACUCCAAUCGCUCAAGCGAACGAAAGAGGAAGAGGAGCAGCGAUUCCGAUCGCACCAACCAUGGACCAGAUCUUCCACGUCUAUUGCAUCGGGACGUUGGACACCAAACUCGAUGAGCUGUGCUUUCUCGCAGAUAAACUUCGAUGCUAUCUCGAUGCAUUCUCCAACAAUUCCACUUCGGUCAGGGUACAGGUUAAUAUUGUUGAUGUUUCAACUAGCAAUAAGAAAAUCGAACAUCUGGAAGGAUUUUCUUUGGUCUCUAGAGAGGCUAUCCUUUCAAGUUAUUCAGCUGUGGCAAAGCAACUACCAGAUGACAGGGGUAAAGCAAUUGCUGUUAUGGCCAGGGCUUUAGAAUGUUUUCUUAGAAAAGCUUAUGAGGACGGCAACCUUGGUGGAGCUGUAGGCAUUGGUGGCAGUGGAGGAACUUCAUUGAUUGCUCCUGCAUUAAGAUCUCUCCCUUUAGGGGUGCCAAAGAUGAUAGUAUCAACUGUUGCUAGUGGUCAAACAGAAUCCUAUAUUGGAACAUCCAAUUUGAUAUUAUUUCCAUCAGUUGUUGACAUAUGUGGUAUCAACAAUAUUAGCAGGCUUGUUUUGUCUAAUGCUGGGGCAGCUGCUGCUGGGAUGAUUUUUGCAAAUUUGUCUACAUCUGACAAUUCUACUGACAUGACUAAGAGAACAACUGUUGGCAUCACUAUGUUUGGAGUUACUACACCAUGUGUAAAUUUUGUGAAAGAAAGAUUGGCAAAAGAAGGAUUUGAGACGCUUGUAUUUCAUGCAACUGGGGUUGGUGGUAGGGCUAUGGAGGAUCUUGUUAGAGAGGGACUUAUACAGGGAGUCUUGGAUAUUACAACAACUGAAGUUGCUGACUAUAUAGUUGGAGGAGUCCUGGCCUGUGACAGUAAGAGAUUUGAUGUCAUUUUGGAAAAAAAUGUUCCUUUGGUUCUCAGCGUAGGUGCCCUGGAUAUGGUUAACUUUGGAGCUAAACAUACAAUACCUUCUGUAUUUCAGCUGAGAAAUAUUCAUGUUCACAAUGAAGAGGUUUGAUC